CGGCACUGGAUCGAAAUGCUACGUGACUGUGGUAUCCCUCCAGAUGUACCUAAUGCUACACCAGAUUUGGAAAGUCUUACAGCUUUUCCUGAAGGAUCCAUAGUAAGAUACUAUUGCGAUCCCGGUUAUGCGAAAAUUAGGGGAAAGGUGAAUGGAGCGCGCUGCCUUCCGAACGGCGAAUGGACAAAGCUGGCACCAUUUUGUAAUCAGGUUUGUUGUCCAUUACCACAGCUGAAGCAUGGCAAAAUCAUUCUGCAAAGACAGCAGAGAAGAGGUUUGGCCAAUAAGUGUGAAUAUUUCUAUGGAGACUUGAUUUUAUAUUCAUGUGAUGGGCAACAUAACUCUGAAGCUUCAUGCCAAGAAGAUGGCACCUGGAGUCCAGAAACACCAACAUGUGAAGAGAGUUGCUAUUAUCCUCCUGUCAUUGACCAUGGACGUCCUAAACUAACUACACACACAUUCUCACCAGAUGAGGCUAAAUAUGAAUGUGACAGAGGAUAUAUUCUGGUUGGAAAUCCCAUACUCUUCUGCAUUUAUUCACGCUGGUCUGGUCCACCUCCUCAAUGCAAAGCUGUAUGUCCGACACCAGAGAUAGAACAUGGGAAUCUGCUUGUGGAUAAGGAUCAGUUUGUUGAAACUGAAAAUGUCACCAUCCAGUGUGACUCUGGCUAUGGUAUCGUCGGUCCCCAAAACAUCACCUGCUUGGAGGACAGGACCUGGUACCCAGAGGUGCCCAAGUGUGAGUGGGAAGUCCAUAAUGGCUGUGAGCAAGUGGUAGAAGGCAGCAAACUCAUGCAGUGUCUCCCAAGCCCCAUGGACGUGAAAAUGGCCCUGGAGGUGUACAAACUGUCUCUGGAGAUUAAACGACUCAAGCAAGAGUAAGACUUGAAGAGGAACACCCGUUAGAAAUCAGUAAAACAUAAACCGAUGAACAAAAACAGAUCUAGAGUCAGGAAGCAUCGAU